ACGUGCGCUAAAGGCGCCGGGAGUCAGGUGGGGCGACCGCAGCCAAUGGAAAAGCGUUUCGUGUAGGACUCUGCCUGGUGCGCGCUUGGUGUUGGCUCGGGUUGCUUGGGAUCGGCGGCUCUGGGACCCGGAGUUGGAGCUGGAGCGAGGCUGACGUGCAGCGGCGGCGCUGCGCGUCUGGGAGGAAAGGCGGGUAGUCUGGCGCCGAGGAGAGGACCCCCGCGGUCUGGAGGACUAGGGGGGCCACUGCUUCGUCUUCGCUUCCUGAGGGGAGACGGAGCGGCUGAAGGUGAGAGUGAGGAAGGCAGCGGCCGUGGCAGCGGCGACGGGUCAUGAAAAUGGCUACUCCACAGGCAGUUUUCACCUUUGCAAUCUGCAUUUUAAUGAUUACCGAAUUAAUUCUAGCUACAGAAAAUUACUAUGACGUCUUAGGAGUUCCAAAAUCUGCAUCAGAACGCCAAAUCAAGAAGGCCUUUCACAAGUUGGCCAUGAAAUACCAUCCUGACAAAAAUAAGAGCCCUGAUGCUGAAACUAAAUUUAGAGAGAUUGCAGAAGCUUAUGAAACACUUUCUGAUGCCAAUAGGCGAAAAGAGUAUGAUUCACUUGGACAUAGUACCUUUACUAGUAGUGGUGGAAAUACCUUCCAGCAGUCAUUCAACUUCAACUUUGAUGAUCUUUUUAAAGACUUUGAUUUUUUUGGUCCUGACAAAAACACUCACACCAAAAAACAUUUUGAAACUCACUUCCGAACACGCCAGGAUGGUUCCAGCAGGCAAAGGCAUCAUUUUCAGGAAUUCUCCUUUGGAGGUGGACUGUUUGAUGACAUGUUUGAAGAUAUGGAAAAAAUGUUUUCAUUCAAUAGUUUUGACAAUGCAAACCGACACACAGUGCAAACUGAAAAGAGAUUCCAUGGAUCUGGCAAGCAUUGUAGGACUGUCACUCAACGUAGAGGAAAUAUGGUUACUACAUACACUGACUGUUCAGGACAGUAAUUCUAUCCCACCCUUAUAAAGCCAGCUGAUCGUUUCUUAUGGAUACAAAUAGAAACAAACAUUUCUGUGAACUAUUUUGACAAAGGCAUAAAUUCACAUUUUAAAAUGCUUAAUAAAUAUCAUAAAGAAGGUGUAUAUAAAAGUCUUGACAACUUCACCAGGCAACUAGAUAAAAAUAAGCUAAUUAAAAUUUCCUCAAUUAGGACAUGAAAGAAAAAUCUUAAAAAUUUAACUGAUUAAAAUAAAUUUUAUUUACCUGCCCACAAAUUCUUUCAUUUGGUUAGAUUUGUUAAAACCAAGAAAGGAUUCAUUAGUUUAAUGACUAAACUUUGGAUAUUUACCUGACUUAAAUUGUAUAUUAGAACUUAAUAGACUCUUACAGUGAAGUCUUUAGUGACUUAAAUUUGCAUGACCUGUACUAAUUUUCUUGAUAAUAUACCUAAAAUGUGGAAUUUUGUUAUGGAGAGAGCUACUUUAGUAAAACUGUCCAACUUCAUUAGGCUUACCAGAGAUAACAUUUUACUCAUGAAAUUUAGGAAUUUUGCAUUUCUAUUUUUCUAUUGAAUUUAUUUCAAAGGAGAAAAGCAUCAUGGGAUAGUUUAGUAGUGCUUUCCAUGAAAACACUUUUUUAGAUGUGGAAUAUGUAUUAGUGAAAGGAAUUGCCUUGUUCACAUAUAUUUAGACUGAUUAUUUUGACAGAUAUAAAAGACGGUAGGUUGCCAAGAGAUUGUUUCAUGUUUGCUGAGCUACUCUGUAUUUGUAAUGGAACUCUUACCUGCUUUUCAGUGCCAUUCAUAUUUCUUGAGUUUUUGACCAUCUACUUAUUUUUAUGGAUGUCCUCAUUAUGUCAAGUGCUUUUCCUUUUUCCUUUCAUCCAUCAUUUGGUAAUUAACUAAUACCUCAAUCUUUAAAAACAGCCAAUGUGUGUACCCAUAUCAUAAUGUGCAAUAUUUUUAAAUAGUGAGAAAUGUAUUUUUGUUUUUUUUUGCACAGACUUAAUUUCUUUGUGUAACUUCAUUGUGUAGUUUUGAAAAAUUCAGUUCUUUACUUUUCAAAGUCAUACUUUAUAUGAGUAUUAAUCAUAUCUAUAUAUAUGUUGACAAAGCUAGCACCUAUCAUAACACAGUUAUAUGUGAGUGAAACAAAUACAAUAUUUACAAUUUGAAUGUUCUGUUUAUUCUUGGUUACUAGUGUGAAGUGUAUUUUAAUGUAAUGAAAGCUAUAAAAUCAUUUGUCCAAAAUUCAAGGCAAAUGAGCUUCAGCAAUUAUCAGUAUUUUACUUUUGGGGAACUAAUCAAAUAUUUUUAAAUGCCUGAAAAUAGGCUUUAGCUGAUUUAAUUUAUAGGUUACUUUGUUUUGAGACUAAGAUUAUUGAAAAUGGGAAUUUCCUUAUUACAUUUAGCAUAAUUUGCUGUUUAUUUUCCUUGCUACUGUCCCUAGCCAUUCAGUUUUGAGAAUAUGGCUAAAUAUUAAAUAUCAACAGUACUUCCGUAUAAGUGUGCAGUUUUGAAACUAUAGUAAAAUUUCAACUGGCAUGCUUAGGGAAUUGAGCAUGCUGGUUAUUUGACUCAAACGCCUUUUCCGUAAAUGGUUUUUAGAGAUGGGAGACGCAGUAGAGAUAAUGCAGUUCACAAAGGCUAAAGAACUGUCUAGAGGCACACAUCUAAUUUCUGGAAGUCAAAUCAGUACUGGAAGCUAGGUCUUCUUAAUCUCUCUAAUACUCUCUAUUCUAUCACAGUUUAUUUGAACUUGUAUUGAUGAAAAUCUUCCUAAAUUGUGUUAGUAUACGUUCCUGCCCUUAGGAGUACUAAUGUGGGAUGUGAUUUCAUUUUUCAUUUAGGAUUUUGUAAUGCCUAAAUGUAAUCGUUAUUAUCAACUUGUAUUGUUUCAUAGUACUGCAGAAUUUAGAAGAGGUUGGGCGGAAUGUCUGCUGAAUAGACUAGACCAUGUAUUCAAAGUUUCUUUUGUUAAUCCUGAAUAUGACCUUGUUUUCUUACCAUAUUGCUUUUUCUCUUAAAAGCUGGUUCUGUUCCCUUUCUUGUGGUUUCACAUAUCUGCCUGCCAAAUAUCUGGUCAGUAGAAGGUUUUAUUUAAUUGUUGUUUUACUUUGCUUGUUUGGUCUAAGUGCCACAAGAUUUUUCCCCCAAUUGAUGAUUUUUGUGUUUUGGGGGAAGAGUGGAGAGUCUGCAAUGUUGUACUUUUAGCCGUUCUCAAUAACUUACAUAAUAUGAGGAAGGUGAAGUAUGCACUCAGUUCUGCAGUUAAAUAAACAAAUUGAAGGACA